ACAAACCCACUCCGUCUCUCACCACCAACCACGCCGCGCCGCCACCGGCCAUCCCGCCGCCGCCGCUGCCAUGCUCCGGCUCCGAAGCUGCACCCUCACCCAGCUCCUCUCUUCUCCCUACACCUCCCAUCUCUCUCCUCUCCACCGUCUCCUCUCCGCCGCAGCCGCCUCCGCCGUUUCCCCGGCCGCCACCCCUGGCUUUGGCGCCGAGGAGUACCUCGUCUCCGCCUGCGGCUUGACCCGAGCCCAGGCCAUCAAGGCCUCCACCAAGCUCUCCCACCUCAAGUCCCCCGCCAAGACCGACGCCGUCCUCGCCUUCCUCGCCGGCAUCGGCCUCUCCGCCGCCGACGUCGCCACCGCCAUCGCCAAGGACCCGCUGUUACUCUGCGCCGGCGUGGAGAGGACCCUGGCCCCCGUCUUCGAUGGGCUCACCGGCCUCGGCCUCUCGCGCUCUGAGGUCGCGCGCAUCGCCGUGUUCGUCCCCAGCAAAUUCCGCUGCAGAUCCAUCGUCUCCGCUCUACACUACUACCUGACCCUCUUCGGCUCCAUGGACCACUUGCUCCGGUUGCUCAAACGCGGCUUCUGGCUACAUGGUUCUGACCUCGAGAGGGUGGUCAAGCCCAACGUCGCGUUCCUGCGGGAGUGCGGGCUACAGGAUUGCGACAUUGCCAAGCUGUGCAUCCGUGUGCCAAGGAUCCUCAAAAUCAACCAGCAGCGCCUCCGGCGAUGGUGGCAUGUGCCAAAGCUCUCUGUGUGCCGCAUGGCUCUGGGAUGUUGGCAAAAGCGUUGCAUGCUGUCGCAUUCUAUGACGAGGAGAAGAUCGCCACCAAGGUGGAGCACCUGAAGAAGACGUUAAGGUGGUCGGAUACUGAGGUGGGCAUUGCUUUGCCCAAGGCUCCGAUGGUGCUGACCUAUUCCAAGGACAGGCUGCAACGUGUCUCAGAGUUCCUCAUAUCCGAGGUGGGGUUGGAACCAGGGUACAUUGCUCAUCGGCCGGCGGUUCUCGCUUACAGCCUGAAUGGUCGGCUCAGGCCCCGGUACUACGUUGUGAAGUUUCUCAAGGAAAACAGAUUGCUACAUCGUGACCGGGACUACUACAGUACAGUCAUGAUCACCGAGAAGGCAUUUGUGGAGAAGUUCAUAUGCCCACACAAGGAAGCUGCACCGCAGCUUGCUGAAGACUAUGCAGCAGCUUGCAGAGGGGAAGUGCCGGCUAGAUUCAGAUUUACAUGAACCAUGACCAGCAUGAAAAUUGAUCUGGAAAAGAAAAAGAUGCGGAGGAAUUCAGGGUGAGAUUUUGCUGGAGGACUGAUCUUCUCUCUCUAGCUUCCAGAGUGUUAUGGUCCUCUGAUACCGAUUUCAUUGUUUGUAGUUAAUGCACACUCUGGAUAUUCAAUCCUUUUACUAGUGGCUCAUGCCCUGUUUGUUGUUGCAUGGUUUGCAAUGCAGUCACGCCAGUGUAGUUACAUGUAUAGUAACUAUCUGAUGUCAUCAUGAUUAAUUAUUUAUUUAGUGAAGCUGUGCGCAGAGAACAUUCUCUUUUAUGUCGCUAGCAUUCAUAUGCAUGGUUUGGUUGGCU